GGCAUAUUUCUCAAAUUGUAGACUACUUACUACAACCAAAAUCUAAGUGGUGGAGUGAUAUUAUGGCUCUUACUUUAGGAAAUGCAUUUUCUCAUACACUCAUCUUUGUAGGUUCACUCUUAAUAUUCAUAGUGACCCCUUCUUCUUGUUUUAAGCCCAAAAAUUUUGUUAGUUUUACUUCGAACUUCUCUUCUGAUUCAGAUUUUCAAUCUUCAAUGGCUACUUGGUAUGGACCUCCAAAUGGUGAUGGGAGUGAAGGUGGUGCUUGUGGAUACGAAAAGGCUGUUGGUUUACGUCCAUUCAAUUCAAUGAUAUCAGCCGGAAACCCUUUCAUCUACAAAUCAGGCAAAGGCUGUGGUUCAUGUUAUCAGGUGAAGUGUACGGGAAAUCCUGCUUGCUCAGGCAACCCUAUUAAUGUAGUUAUCACGGAUGAGUGUCCAGGUUGUGAUCAUUAUUUUGAUUUGAGUGGAAAAGCUUUCGGUUCCAUGGCAAUUUCAGGUCAAGGUGACAAGCUACGCAAUGCUGGAAAAGUACCUAUCCAAUAUCAAAGAGUUGCAUGCAACUACCCUGGUGUGUCCAUAACUUUCCAUGUUGAAUCUGGAUCUACCCAAUAUUAUUUUGCAACUGUUAUUGAAUAUGAGAAUGGGGAUGGUGAUCUUAAAACAGUUGAACUCAAAGAAGGAAAUUCGGUAGCUUGGGAAGCUAUGCAACAAUCAUCGGGUGCUAUUUGGAAAGUUAAUAAAGGGACACCAUUAAGUGCACCAUUUUCUAUUAGACUAACAACAAUUGAGUCUGGAAAAAUGUUUGUGGCUAAUAAUGUGAUCCCUGUAGGGUGGAAGCCUGGUCAAACUUAUCGAGCAAUUGGAAAUAUUAAUUAAGCUUGAAAUGUAUUCACCUCAAUCAAGUCCUUCUAAGUGGAUUUUGGAUUGUAAUAUUUAAUCAAAUAAUAAUGAUAUUAUAUUUUUUAUAA